AUGGCAUCUUCUUCCGAUAAAACCUGUGAUUCUCAAAAAUCAAACAAAUAUCAAGAUGAAAUUGAAAACAAGAGCAAAAGGAAAAAAAUUCAGAGUCAGAGGCUAAUUUCAAAGAAAAAGCGGGGACGUGAGCAAACCGAGAGGUCCGAGACCAAAAAGAAAUCAUGGGUGUGGAAGCAUUUUGCGGUCGUGAAGAAGCCACUGAUGAAACGAGGAGGGGAUAAUGGUCCAAGUUGGAUUAACCAACCGAGCUCAAUGCAGGGGAACAAGGGACUGAAACAAUUGAAAAGAAAGAAAGAUAAAGGUGUGAGAGGGAAGAAAGUGGGGCCUCCAACUUAUGAUGAUUGGGAAAAAGCUGCUACAUUUGUGAAGUUUUUGAGAGUGUUUUUUGACGUCACUUUGAAUAUUAGUGCUUCAAGCAAACCUACUGCUCACAAAGCAUUUCGUGAUAUUGUUUCAUUAAAAUGUGAGAUUGAAGAGAUUUUUGAUGCCCCAAUCACAAACCACAGCACAGAUUAUGAGAAAAAAUUGUUCAACAUGUCAGUCCAAAUGAGGAGCAAGUACAACAAGUACUUUGAUUCACUAGAUGAUGUGAAUCAGCUCCUGAUUGUUGCUUUGGUGUUAGACCCUAGGUUCAAGCUAAGGUAUUUUACUAGAGUUCUUGAGAGGAUGAUGAAUUAUGAUGCCUUUACUGUAAAGGUAAGGACAGAAAGGUUGAAAGAGUUGAUUGUUACUCUUACUGACUUGUAUGCUUCAAUGAAUGGUGUUCAAAGCUCUAACACAAAAAAGGCAGAUGGUGAUGAAACUGGGAGUGGAAGCAGUUGUUCUUCAAACAAGCUGACAGGGAAGAAAGCAAAAAUGAUGGAAGAUUGGAAAAAAGACCUUGAAGAUGUUGAUGAUGUUGUAGUUGCUCAUGAGGUUGACAGAUACCUACUUGAUCCAAUUGAGAAGCCAGGUCCAGGAGUUGAUUUUAAUAUUUUGUCAUGGUGGAAGCUAAUUGGAGGUAAGUAUCCUAAUUUUCAAGCACUUGCAAAAGAUGUGCUAGCCAUUCAAGUUAGUACUGUUGCUUCUGAGUCAAGUUUUAAGAAUGGGAAAAGAGUUAUUGAUCCUCAUAGGAGUUCAUUAACUCCCAGAUCAGUGGAAGCAUUGAUUUGUCUUCAAAGUUGGCUUAAGUCUGAUUCAAUCACAACCCUUGCAUACACUCCUACCCCAGAUGAAAUUGAAUGGCUUGAAAAAACUGAACAAGAAUUGGAUCAAGAGGAGAGAGAGCAUAGAGAGAAGUUGGAGAAACAGAAGGAAAUGGAGUUGAUUGAGAAGAAAAAUAAAGCUGAAAAAGCCUCAAAAGGCUCUGAUGCUGGAACUUCUUCCAAAAUGAAAAUUUGA